UGUUGCACAAAAGUAGAAUUAAGACAUCCGGGAUAAAUGACUCAGCUGAGCUCAAUGAAGCCAAAACAUGUGCGUCCAGGCUUAAUUGGUUGCACAAAGACCAAGCCAGGAUGAGCAGACACGGAUUCAUUAAGCCAGGUGAAACCAAUCCUGGAUAGGUGCGCGCUCACGGCUCACUCGAAUAGACCCCGCCACAGAUCACAGAUUAACUGAUUUACCAUGGCAACUAGAGCCGCGUACUUUUCCCCGUCGGAAGCACAAAUCCUCAUGGAGGCAUACGAGGAGGUAAAAGAUAUAAUUAAGAAGAAAGGCAACACCGCCACAAUGAUAAAGCAAAGAGAAAAAGCGUGGCAAAGUAUUGCAGACCGCCUGAAUGCAUUAAACAUGAACGGGCCAAAACGGACAUGGCAGCAGGUCAAAAUCAAAUACAAGAACAUUCUGCAGAAUGCAGUGAAAAAGAAUACCCACAGACAAGGCACGGGUGGUGGGUCACCAAAGGCUGACCUUACCCCAGCAGAGGACAUGGCCUUGGAGCUAAAUAAAGGCAGGCCCGUCUUAGAGGGGAUCCCUGGGGGGAAAGAGACGAGCAUAGGUUCCUCCCAAGAUGCCACCCGCUUCAUUCAAGUGUCUGGUAGCACUGUGUUCCUGUUAGAGCCACCAGCACAAGCACCAGACGAUGCUGAUCCAGGUGAAGGCCCCAGUGCAGCAGCAACAGCACAUGAUGGAGACGAUGAUGAGGAGGAGGAGACCAUCUCUCUGGAUUCCAGAAGGCAUGAGGACCCAGAUGCAAUACAGUGGGAAAACCAGCCUGGCCACAUAGUGCGUAUUAAUAAAAGGACACCACAUCCUGCCAAAUUCCAGCUGCGCUAAUUGUAUUGUGUUCACAGAGCUCACAAGCUAUCAGAAAGUUGUAUGGCAACCACCUCCGGCGCCAAAUAGAAAUGGCAGACAUAG